CACACAGUCAGUCAGGUAUCUCCUCUCCGCGUCUCUCUCUCUCUCUGUGUGUCUCGUGUCGGUCGCUCGAGGACUCUCUCGCUGUGGAAUAAGGCGAUAUUCUUCAUCAUACUCUUCAUCGCGCGUGUUUGUGGCUGAAGUGACAGAAAGAAUUAAAACCUUCCUCCGGAUUCCCUUCCUGCUCUUCCUCAGCAUCUCUGAAGGCUUUUGGGGAUUUGAGCUCAACAACAACAACUGGAAUGUGACCAAAAGUUUUCAGAGAGGGAAAUUGUGAGGAGUUUUAUUCUUUCAGUUCCUCUGGCCGGAAACAGCGCAGAUGACGAGACUUGCAUGAAUGGUGCGGUCCGAUUUGGAGUAUACAGCAAGUUUUUGGUUCAGGUUUCCAGAUGGAACCUGCGUGAUGAGCUGGAGGCUGCUGAGUGUCUUCGGAGGGAAAAUGAUCCACUGAAUUUUAUACCUGCACCCUCAAACUCCUGAGUCCUCAGGAUCUUCACAGGGGCUUUCAGAGGUUGUGAGAGCGUUGCAGGAACGUUGUGUGCUGGCACACUCGUAACAUCAUGCCUGUGCCAAGCGUCCGUGUAGCAUUCCCCUCCGUUCGACAGUCUCUGCUGCUGCUUGCCGCCACCGUCCUGCUCGCCAACGCAGAGUCACCUCCAAAGUUCUUACGAACCCCUAACGAUCAAACGGGUGUUCAGGGCGGCGUUGCCUCCUUUAUCUGCCAGGCGACGGGUGACCCACGGCCCAAGAUCGUGUGGAACAAGAAGGGGAAGAGAGUGAGCAACCAGCGCUUUGAGGUAAUAGAGUUCGAUGACGGCUCGGGCUCCGUGCUGAGAAUCCAGCCGCUGCGGACGCCUCGCGAUGAAGCCAUUUACGAGUGUGUCGCCUCCAACAGUGUUGGGGAGACGAGCGCCACCACACGACUCACUGUUUUACGUGAGGAUCAGCUGCCCGCUGGUUUCCCCACCAUAGACAUGGGUCCACAGCUAAAGGUGGUGGAACGCACACGGACCGCCACCAUGCUAUGUGCUGCUAGCGGCAAUCCCGAUCCAGACAUCUCCUGGUUCAAAGACUUCCUCCCCGUCAACACCACUAACAACAACGGGCGAAUCAAACAGCUGCGAUCAGGUGGUACACCAAUAAGAGGAGCGCUGCAGAUCGAACAGAGCGAGGAAUCGGACCAGGGGAAGUACGAAUGCGUCGCAACCAACAACGAUGGCACGCGCUAUUCUGCCCCUGCUAAUCUAUACGUCAGAGAGCUGCGAGAAGUGCGACGAGUUCCGCCACGGUUCUCAAUUCCCCCAACGGAUAAUGAAAUAAUGCCCGGGGGCAGUGUAAACAUCACCUGUGUGGCGGUUGGGUCACCCAUGCCCUAUGUCAAAUGGAUGCUGGGGUCAGAGGAUUUGACUCCUGAAGAUGACAUGCCCAUAGGGCGAAAUGUACUGGAACUUACUGACGUCCGGCAGUCGGCCAACUACACGUGUGUCGCCAUGUCAACACUGGGCGUUAUAGAGGCGGUUGCACAAAUUACGGUAAAAGCUUUACCGAAGCCACCAGGUGUACCCCAGGUAACGGAGCGCACGGCGACAAGCAUCACACUGACAUGGGAUUCUGGCAAUCCUGAGCCUGUUUCCUAUUACAUCAUUCAACACAAGCCCAAAAACUCAGAGGACGCUUAUAAAGAAAUCGAUGGCGUUGCAACCACGCGAUACAGCGUAGGUGGGCUUAGCCCUUACUCGGACUACGAGUUUAGAGUAGUUGCCUUAAACAACAUUGGACGCGGGCCUCCCAGUGAAGCCAUCGAGGCCAAAACAGCGGAGCAGGCGCCGAGUACCGCCCCAAGGCAAGUCAGAGGGCGAAUGCUAAGCGCCACGACCGCCAUCAUCCACUGGGACGAACCAGAAGAAGCCAAUGGACAGAUUACGGGCUACAGAGUUUACUACACCACCGAUCCAAGCCAACAUGUCAACCAAUGGGAGAAACAGAUCGUUAGGACUUCCAACUUCCUUACCAUACCAGGCCUGACACCAAAUAAGACUUACUACAUCAGAGUCCUGGCCUUUACCUCGGUAGGAGACGGACCCCUCUCAUCAGAUUUACAGAUUAUCGCCAAAACCGGAGUGCCCUCUCAACCGACGGACUUUAAAGGUGAAGCCAAAUCAGAGACGAGUAUUCUGCUGUCAUGGAACCCCCCCUCUCAGACAGGACAAGACAAUCAAAUCAUUGGAUAUGAGCUGCUCUAUAAGAAAGGAGAUGAUAAAGAAGAGAAACGUGUUAGCUUUGAGCCCACCACAACUUAUUUACUGAAAGAUCUGAAGCCAUUCACAACCUACACCUUCCUGCUGGCCGCACGCAGCAAACACGGUAUCGGCGCGUACACCAACGAGAUUUCUGCCGAGACACCUCAGACACAGCCCUCAGCUCCGCCCCAGGAGGUCAAGUGUACCAGUCAGAGUUCUACCAACAUUCUGGUAAGUUGGAAGCUGCCACCGUUGGAGCUUCAAAACGGGAUCAUCACCAGUUACACCAUCCAGUAUGCAGCGACUGAAGGGGACGAUACCAUGUUACGCCAAAUCUCGGACAUACCACCGGAACAGACCCAGUAUCUCUUGGAGAACUUGGACAAAUGGACGGAAUACCGUGUGACUGUGAGCGCCCACACUGAAGCGGGAGAAGGCCCUGAGAGUUUCCCACAGCUAAUCCGUACGGAGGAGGAUGUGCCCAGUGGCCCUCCUCGUAAAGUCGAGGUGGAAACUGUCAACUCCACAUCUGUUAAAGUGUUGUGGCGGUCGCCGGUGCCGAACAGACAGCACGGCCAGAUCCGUGGGUACCAGGUGCACUAUGUCAGGAUGGUUAAUGGGGAACCCGUCGGGCACCCUGUCAUCAAGGACAUCCUAAUCAGUGAUGCUCAGUGGGAAUAUGACGACUCAACUGAGCAUGAAUUAGUCCUCGCUGACUUGCAUGCGGAGGCCACUUAUUCAGUGACCGUAGCUGCGUACACGACCAAAGGUGACGGAGCACGCAGCAAACCCAAGUUGGUCACCACCAGCGGAGCCGUUCCCGAAAAGCCUCGUCUCAUGGUGAGUCCGACAAACAUGGGCACCGCUCUGCUGCAGUGGCACCCACCGCCCAACACGCAUGGCCUGCUGCAAGGCUACCGCCUUCGAUUCGGCCGCAAGGACGUGGAGCCCCUAACUGUGAUCGAGUUCUCGGAGCGUGACAACCACUAUACCACCAAAGAGAUCCACAAAGGGGCGUCCUACAUGUUUCGCCUCUCGGCCCGCAACAAGGUGGGAUUCGGGGAGGAAACGGUGAAGGAGAUCACCACACCUGAGGACACACCUUCCGGUUACCCACAAGGCAUUGUAGCCAAAAGUAGUACAACAACUACCAUUCAGGUCAGCUGGCAGCCCGUGACGUUAUCAGAGCGUAACGGAGCCAUCGUCAAAUAUGCCCUACAAUACAAAGACAUCAACAGUCCUCGCAGUCCCUCAGAACUGUUUAUUACCGCACCCGAGUCUACAGUUACACUGGACGGCCUUAAAGCAGACACGACUUACGAUAUUAAAAUGUGUGCCUUCACCAGUAAGGGUCCUGGCCCUUACAGUCCUAGUGUCCAGUUCAGAACGCAACCUAUCCACCAAGCAGUGUUUGCAAAAAAUUUUCACGUGAAAGCUGCCAUGAAGACAUCAGUGUUGCUUACAUGGGAGAUUCCCGAGAACUACAAUCCUGCUCAACCUUUUACUAUCUUAUAUGAUAACGGACAAAGCGUCGAGGUGGAUGGCAAGCUUGCGCAAAAACUCAUAACCAACCUUCAACCGGAGACGCAGUACUCCUUCCUGCUAACUAAUCGUGGAAACAGCGCUGGCGGGCUACAGCACCGCGUAUCCACUAUGACAGCACCUGACAUACUUCGCACCAAACCGUACCUGAUCGGCAAGACCAGUUCAGACGGCAUGGUCACGGUCGAGCUACCCACGGUGCAGACGGCAGAGAAAGUAAAGGGAUACUACAUCGUGGUGGUUCCACUGAAGAAACAACGACCAGGAAAGUUCAUCAAACUCUGGGCCAAUCCUGACGAGAUGAACUUGGAAGAGUUGUUACAAGAAAUCAACCAAACGAGUCGCGCUCUUCGGUUCCGCAGGCAGCUGGAGCUGAAGCCAUACAUCACUGCGUAUUUCCACGAGCUGCCCACCGAGUUUACGCUUGGAGACUCCAAGAUGUAUGGUGACUUUGAGAACAAGCAGCUGUUGAACGGACAGGAAUACGUCUUCUUUGUGCUGGCCGUGUUGGAGAUCUCUGAAAAUAUGUUGUACGCGGCGAGUCCGUACUCAGAUUCGGCGGUCUUUGCUGACAUCGACCCGCAACCGAUUAUCGAUGAAGAAGAGGGUCUGAUCUGGGUUGUGGGACCCGUGCUCGCUGUUAUCUUCAUCAUCUGUAUCGUCAUUGCCAUACUGCUGUACAAAAGCAGUCAACCAGACAGGAAACGGGCGGAGUCCGAUGCGAGGAAAGGCAGUCUGCCCAGCGGUAAAGAACUGCCCUCACAUCACCCAACCGAUCCUGUGGAGUUACGCCGGCUCAACUUCCAAUCGCCUGGUUCAGCUGCAUCGGUUUACCCCAGUAACCUUCAUUUGUCAAGGAUGGCCAGUCACCCCCCAAUUCCGAUCAUGGAGUUGGCUGAUCACAUCGAACGUCUCAAAGCAAACGACAACUUGAAGUUUUCACAGGAGUAUGAGUCGAUUGACCCCGGUCAACAGUUCACAUGGGAGCAUUCAAACCUGGAGGUCAACAAACCAAAGAACAGAUACGCCAACGUCAUCGCCUACGACCACUCCAGAGUUCUGCUGUCCGCCAUCGACGGUAUUCCAGGCAGCGAUUACAUCAACGCAAACUACAUCGACGGCUACCGCAAACAGAACGCCUACAUCGCCACUCAAGGCGCGCUGCCUGAGACCUUCGGGGAUUUUUGGCGUAUGAUCUGGGAGCAGCGGAGUGCAAAUAUCGUCAUGAUGACCAAACUGGAGGAAAGAUCGCGGGUAAAGUGUGAUCAAUACUGGCCCAACAGAGGAACAGAAACCUACGGACUCAUUCAGGUCACUCUGCUGGACACAGUGGAGCUCGCCACGUACUGUGUCAGGACGUUUGCACUUUACAAGAACGGUUCCAGCGAGAAGCGAGAGUUUCGGCAGUUCCAGUUCACAGCGUGGCCGGAUCACGGCGUUCCGGAACAUCCCACGCCAUUUCUAGCUUUCAUGCGCAGGGUGAAAUCCUGCAACCCACCCGACGCGGGACCCAUGGUCGUGCACUGCAGUGCCGGCGUGGGUCGGACAGGUUGUUUCAUCGUAAUCGAUGCCAUGCUGGAGCGCAUUAAGCAUGAGAAAACGGUGGACAUCUACGGCCACGUGACGCUCAUGCGUGCGCAGAGGAACUACAUGGUCCAGACAGAGGAUCAGUACGUCUUCAUUCACGACACGCUUCAGGAGGCAGUGAACUGCGGAACCACCGAAGUUCCCGCCCGGAACCUGUACGCCUACAUCCAGAAACUCACGCAGAUCGAGUGCGGUGAGAACGUCACGGGAAUGGAGCUGGAGUUUAAGCGGUUAGCAAACACAAAAGCUCACACAUCGCGGUUCAUCAGUGCAAAUCUGCCCUGCAACAAAUUCAAAAACCGACUAGUUAACAUCAUGCCGUAUGAGUCCACGCGAGUCUGCCUGCAGCCAAUCAGAGGAGUCGAAGGCUCCGAUUACAUCAACUCUAGCUUUAUUGAUGGAUACAGGCAACAGAAAGCAUAUAUCGCCACGCAGGGUCCUUUAGCUGAAACCACAGAAGAUUUCUGGCGGAUGCUUUGGGAACACAACUCCACCAUCGUAGUGAUGCUAACCAAACUCCGCGAGAUGGGAAGAGAAAAAUGUCAUCAGUAUUGGCCCGCGGAGCGUUCAGCGCGGUAUCAGUACUUUGUGGUGGAUCCAAUGGCAGAAUACAACAUGCCCCAAUAUAUCCUGAGAGAAUUUAAAGUGACAGACGCCAGGGACGGACAGUCUCGAACCGUCAGGCAGUUUCAGUUCACGGACUGGCCGGAACAGGGCGUGCCUAAAUCAGGGGAGGGCUUCAUCGACUUCAUCGGCCAAGUGCACAAAACAAAAGAGCAGUUUGGUCAGGACGGACCCAUCUCGGUCCACUGCAGUGCUGGUGUGGGCCGGACCGGAGUCUUCAUCACACUCAGUAUCGUUCUGGAGAGGAUGAGAUAUGAGGGUGUGGUGGACAUCUUCCAGACGGUCAAGAUGUUACGGACACAGCGGCCAGCCAUGGUGCAGACAGAAGAUCAGUACCAGUUCUGUUACCGGGCCGGGUUGGAGUAUCUCGGAAGCUUCGACCACUAUGCAACGUAAGACCAUCGUCAGGGAGACGGAACGGCCAUCGGACAUCCAGAGGUCAUUUAAUUCUUCUGAGCCAUAAUUACCUGCUUGUGAAAAGAACUUCAACUCUUCAUCCACGACUCGAUUACGUGUUGGAUGUGCAAUGUAAAAUUAGAAAUACUUACAAACCACAAAAACACAAAAAUACAACUCUCCAGCUGGACCAAGAAAAACCAACCCGAUCUGAUUUCAAAAUAAUUAAAGAAAUAAUAGUAAUAAUCAUCGUUUCAGACAGGUGAAUCUUGACUGUUGAAGCAUUGUGUGGGAUAAUCGUUUGCUUCGAGGAUUCAUGAAAACGAACCCUGACAAAUAAAAGAACGAACACACACGCUGUGACACGGGGAGCUCAAUACACGUUGUAAAGAGGGUUUUUUGUUGUUGAUGAUGUUCCACAAUUAGUACAGCGAGAGGAGACUUCAUCAUCAUCGGAGAAGAAAACGAAACAAACGGACAUAACGAAAAGUAAUAAUUACAACACACUGGUCGUUUGAUUACAGGUCUGGUGAAAUGACCAGAAGUAACACCGAUAACACUUUUUAUUUUAGUUUUUAUGUGUGACCCAUGUUUUUUUGUUUUUUACAUUUUUUAUAAAAACAAUAAGUCAAAUCAUAAAUACUUUUUACUCUUUAUUUUAUUUUACAUUUUUUAAGCCGUAGACAUCCUUCCUACACGCUCUUUAUUUUAUUUUAAAUAUCGAUUUUUUUUGCCAUUCUGUUUGUGCACACACACACACACACACACACACACACACACAAUCAUGGGAGGGGGGCAGAGUAUAAAGGUUCGAAGAUAUCGAAGUUCUUCCAUGAGCAGAAAAGUUUAACAGAGAUGAUGUGUUCAUUUAUAUAACGUUAAAAUGUAUAUUCAUGAAACAUGAUUAAUAUGUGAGCAUAUAUAGAUAUAGAUAUAGAUAUAUAUAAAUGGAUAUUAUAUGGAAAUGUUGGUUGAGAGUUUUCCGCUGGAAUGCACAUCAGAAUGACGGACGAUUCAGACUCGAGUUCAACGCAUCUUUUCUUGUGCAAUAAAUAGAUUUUUAGGUUUAUGGCCAAGAGGUACGAUCGCCAUCAAUUCAGUUCAUGGGUCAAAGGUCAUUGUGGUCCAUCCGUUAGGGAGCAGGUACAAAGACGUCACGUUCCAACAGUCCGUGUUUUCAUUCUUUUGCAUUUAGAGUGCCUUAUAUUUAUGCCUGUUCUUUUGUACGAGAUUCAUGUACCAGUUCAGUAGACCGUGUACGAUAUAUCAAUUGAUUUCCCUCGUGAACCGAUUUCUAUUAUAUGAAAUUAUAUAUGCAAAUACGUAAUUCCAUCAUUCACGUUUUAAUUUCUGUGGCCUUUUGCGGCUCAGAUAUAAAAGAAUAAAUCGUCAAGGGUAACGGCAAAAUGAGCGAAAUAAAAGUGUUCAAGGCCCGAUACUGUUAAACCAUGUAUUAACGUAAUCAUUCAGUGGAACGACAUUUGAUUUCCAGUAUGGCAUUUGUCGCUAAUAGUUCAAAAAGAAAUCUAGCUUUAGCAUCGGACUUCUCUUCCGUUUCGCAAAUCUACAAUUUAAGUCUCAAUAAACAUAUAGUUAAUAUAACGAAGUUCUUUGGACGUAAUUCUGAAAAUAUAGCAAAGUUCUAGACGUUGUGAAUAUUUGAGACGAGAAUAUUAUUUGACACUCUUCAUGGGCUUUGUGGAUGUGCAUUCCAGAUGCUUCAUUUUCCCCCUUUCUUGUUCGGAAGAUUGUUUUAUUAUCCGUCUGAAAUCACUUUUACUUGAAAUGUUUUCAUGCUCUCACAAUGUCGAGCAACAAGAAGCUGAUGGUGUUUCGUAGCUACUGUCAGCGCCAUCUAGUGUCCGGCGCUUCGAGCUGCUCCGCGUCCCUUUUCUUUGCAUUCUGGAUCUAAUUUGAAUAUGCAUGAGUCAAACAGCAUCGGGGGCAAGUAGGAAGAAUUGCACUUUGUAUCUCUUUAUCUCUAUGCACUGCCCUACUGACUCCGCACCCCAUCAUGGAUUUACUUGAACCCGACUGUACAAAUCUCCUUCAAACUUUGUGUGGAUGUAAAUAACACAGAAAAGAGACUGCCCAAGUAAUACAGAAGAAAAAAAGAGGAUAAGAAAAUGGAAAAAGAACGAGUUGAUGCCGGUGUUUUCAGCUCCCUGUAACUCACAUCUGAAUGCAUUGACUGAAAUGAACCAAUUCAAUUGUAAAGAAAAAUGGCUUGUUAAAAAAGGAUCAUAAAUUACCUCUGAUUAGUUGUAAAUGUAAACUGUUUUUCAUUUGAUUGAUUUAGUUUCCUCUGAAUGAAUGGAGUGCUUUUUAUUUUCUUACUUAGAUGACAUUGGUGAAAAGACACGUCUGUACGAGAAGCCGUCCUUCUGUACUUUGCUGACACAAGUUCCAUUUGUUAUAAAUGAAUUCUAUUAAAAAACGUAAGUGUUAUGCACAAACGCUUCUUUUUCACCAUCCGAUCGACAGGAAUCUUCUGUUUAAUAGUUCAACUGUGUGACGGGAAAAAUCUGAAUGAUCAGUUUUGAGUUUAUUUCAUUGUUUUCUUCACAAAGCACAGACAUAUUAAUAGAAAUAUGUCGUGUGAUGAAACAUUCAUUGAAACCUGAAUAGUGUUGACAUGUUUUGAUAGAGAAAUGUCAUGGGAUACCAAUAUUAUAUAUAUAUUUAUGUAAUGAGCUCACAACACUGUGUGAUACUAGCAGAAUUUACUCUUUAAAUAUAAAAUGGAUUUAUAUGAAUGUCAGUCUUACUGUUACAGGGUUAAAAUCACUGGAUAAAAUAACUAAUAGGAUACUAAUAAGAUUACAUUUUUAUUUUGCAAGUUUCACAGUUUUUCUAAGUGUUUUAAUGGUCAGAUUUAAAUAAAAAAUCAAGUAAAAUCUACUUAACUUCUAAACAUAAUAUUGAUUACAUUUAGUGAGUAAAUGUAACCUAAAGAUUUCCGUUAAUACAUGUGCAUAGUACUUAAAUAAACGUAGUCAAUUUUGAAUCAACAUUGUAGUAGAAGAUUUCAAAUGUAAUUGGAACACGUAGAAUUUACUUAAUAUUAUUAAGUGCACACUUUUACUCACUUAUUCAAUGUAGAAAGUACUUAAUCUUUUCUGUUAUAUUUAUUUGACCACAAAAUCAUUUUUGUCAGUGUAAUGGCACCGUGCCGGUCAAAUGUACUCGCAGAUGUUUCAUAUUCUAACACAGCAAAACAGAAAAAAUCAAGAAUUCUGGCAAACAUUAUUUUCACAUGAAAUGAGCGUGUGAUACGCGGGAAAUGUUUGGCAGAAGUUUGCGGCUCUUCACUGGUAGUGGUGAACCUCCAGCAAAUCUUUGACAAAAAUGGACACUUCAGCACUACUGGCAAACCUGUAACAGCAAUGAGGAGUUUGUCGCUAACUUGCAAAUUUGGCGAGUGUUCGGAAAUUUACCAGAAUUCUCGAUUUUUGUAAUUGAAAUUCUUUUUUUUUUUAAACAAAAGUGAUGAUUUAACACAAUAGUUUUCAUUUAUUUAAUAAAAGAAUAUUUCUGGUUCAGUUGAGCUCAAUUAACAGCAUUUGUGGCAUAAUGUUGAUUACCACAAACAUUGUUUUUUUUUUUAAUCACAAAUGUGUGUUCCAGCAAGACACUUACAAUGGAAGUCAAUGGGGUUUAAUCUGUUUCAAAAGUAUAGACACAAGACACAAACAAUAUGUGUGUUGACAUG